AUGGGCUCCGAGGGCUUUCCCCGACGGGCCAAUGAGGGCCUCCGCCGGGCCGCCCCGGCCAGCGGCUACCUCACCUUCGAGAGGUUCGUCCUGGGCUUGAGAAGCUCGCUCCUCAGCCCGGAGAAAGGCAGUCCCAGGGGGGCGGCGACGGCUCCGCACCCCGCCGCAGCCCCCCUUUCCAAAAGUCGAGGGGAGAUCAGGGGCCCCGAUCCGGAGAGGGUUGCUGGUAGAGGCGGCGCGGGCGCUGCUUCUCGUAGCCUCGAGAAGAUCUCCGUCGAGGGAACGCAGGACCCGAUCCAGAGCAAGCGAGCCGCAACGGAAUCCUGUGGGAUCCGGAAGGCGGCAGGAUGGUCGCAAAAUGAGGGCGCGACGAAGGCCGCAGCAAUGGAAGCACGGAGGCAGCCCCGGAGCCGAGGCGAACACCGAAGGCACACCAUCACCAACGGCGUAGACUACAGUGUGCUGAAGCAGAUGAAGGAGGUAGAGAAGGCGAAGGACAUCCUCCUGCAGGGGCUGGAGCUGGUGGAUCGGGCCCGAGAGUGGUAUCACCAGCAAUUCCACCUCCUCCAGGAGCACCAGAAGCAACUGGGCAGAAGCAAGACUCCUGGCGACUUGCUAGCAGAUGGAAGCCACCUCAGCCACCUCCUGCCCAAACUCCAGGACCUGAACCGCUGCCUCUCCGAGCUGCUAUCUCUUUCGGCAAAGCCGCUGAGCCCGUGUCCUCCGGCCACAAAAGGCCCCACGCCAGCCACCACAACCUCCCCUCCUCUUUCUGGGCCGCAGCAGACCAUCAAUAUGCUGAAGGAGCAGAACUGGCUCCUCACCAAGGAAGUAACAGAGAAAAGCGACCGGAUCACCCAGCUGGAACAAGAAAAAUCCACUCUGAUCAAGCAAUUGUUUGAAGCGCGAGCACAGAGCAACCGGGAGGCCAGUCAGCUGGAUUCCACCUUCAUCUAG